AUGAAGCUGGUCCUGGUCUUCAUGCUGGCCGCCAUCCCCAUUUGCUGCUAUGCCAGCAGUGAGUUCUGUGGAGGAGUGGGCAGUGGGUUCUCUGGAGGGGUGGGCAGUUCUGGCUGCCAUGCAAUGGAUGAUAUCAUUGCACAGACUAUUAACUCAUCAGUGUCUGUGGCUGAGUAUCAGGGCCUGGUUAAGCAAUACGCACCUCUUCCUUAUGACCAAAAGGCUUUGGGCAAAUUGAAACAAUGUUUCCUGGACCAGUCUGAGGAGACUCUGGCCAAUGUUAAAGUGCUGGUGGAUGCUGUAUACAACAGUAAAGACUGUCCACAGUCUGCCUAA